GCUUGUCUAUAUACUUGUUGAUGAGCUUCAUACCAGCGUCAGCGUCAUAUGUACAAGCAGCAGAAUGGGUAGUGUACAGUUCAUGUACAGAGGGAAAGGAGGUGAUUUCCUGUUUUGGACCUGCAACGCUCGUUGAUCUCGAACGAUGAACAGUAAAAGAAUUGAAAAUCUUGCUAAUCGCUUGGUAGCACCUAACAAUCCUCACAACAGCGCACAGGAUUCCGACGACGAUGAUGAGGCGCUCUUUGCAGAACUAGAAGCAGAGAUAGAGAACGACGGGAAUUAUGCGAUGAGAGAACAAGGCCUGGAGGUUCUCAAAAGAGAGAUGGAAAAGAUGCAGACGAUGAAACAAAAUCAGCAUGGCUCAUACACGGAAAUUUUCGACGAGAAAGAGGUUAUUCGGGUUACCGCACAAGAGCCUAAAUCCGUUGUCCAUUUCUACCAUCCGAACUUCAAGCGGUGCGAAAUCAUGGAUAAACAUCUUGCUGCAUUGGCACCCAAGUAUUUCAAUACUCGCUUCAUUCGAGUAUUUGUCGAGAACGUGCCGUGGUUAGUCGAGAAGCUUGCUAUCAAGGUCCUGCCUUGUGUGAUAAGCUUUCUAAACGGAACGACGAAAGAUCGGGUGAUAGGCUUCGAAGAGCUUGGGAAUAACGACGCCUUUACGACUGCUGUGUUGGAGCUGAGAUUAUCCGUGUCAGGCGUAUUGCAAAAACAACAGCCCUCCGGCGUUAAUGACAUUUACAACGUGUCCUCCUCGAGUGCCAUACGCACCAGAAUAAAAGAGCAGGAUGAUGAUCGUGACAUAUUCGAUCUGGACGAUUGAACCGUCGGUGUUAGGCUGGUCGAAUCAGAGCUUCUGGAUUGCUUCGAGAUGGUCGGAGGAUGUUAAGUAUCAAUUGGGUUUGGGGCGUUUCUAUCGUGCAUCCUAUUCUGAUGCGGCGUUUGUACCCUUGCAUUCUAGACUUGAGACAACGUCCGGAUCCAAAUUGGAUUUCUGGAGGCGUGUCUCUCAUCGUACCGCGUUUUUUUGUAUAAAAACUUUGUGCUCUGUUCACAGACGCUGAAUAAUAAAACUUGGAUAGUAGCGC